ACUGUGAGGGAUCCGAACUUAAGACUGUGUUCUCCAUCUCCCGGAGAGGUGGUUCUAUCGGAAGAAGACAGGGUGUGAGGGUCCAAAAUGAUCGAAUCGAAAUGGUUUCAGGUUAAUGAGCAAGACGUGUUCCUGACCUAAAGAAGAGGGAGCUGCCCAGGCAGUGUGGAGGGUGAUGCCCCAGGCAGUGACCUGAGCACAGCGGUUGAUAGCCCUGGGAGCCAGCCCCCCUACCGGCUGAGCCAGCUGCCCCCCACCGGCAGCCACAUGGGGGGCCCCCCUGCUGGAGUGGGCCUGCCCUGGGCUCAGCGGGCACGCCUCCAGCCAGCCAGUGUCGCCCUGAGGAAGCAGGAGGAGGAGGAGAUAAAGCGCUCCAAGGCCUUAUCAGACAGCUAUGAACUCUCUACGGACCUGCAGGACAAGAAGGUGGAAAUGCUGGAGAGGAAGUACGGGGGCUCUUUCCUAAGCCGCAGGGCUGCCAGGACCAUCCAGACGGCCUUCCGUCAGUACCGCAUGAACAAGAACUUCGAGAGGCUGCGCAGCUCAGCUUCGGAAAGCCGCAUGUCACGCCGGAUCAUCCUCUCCAACAUGCGUAUGCAGUUCUCCUUUGAGGAGUACGAGAAGGCACAGAACCCCGCGUACUUCGAGGGCAAGCCUGCCUCGCUGGACGAGGGUGCCAUGGCUGGUGCCCGGAGCCACCGGCUUGACCGGGGGCUCCCCUAUGGAGGCUCCUGUGGUGGGGGCAUCGACGGUGGUGGAAGCUCUGUCACCACAUCUGGAGAGUUUUCCAAUGACAUUACGGAACUUGAGGACUCCUUCUCCAAACAGGUCAAGUCUCUGGCUGAAUCCAUCGAUGAGGCCCUAAAUUGCCACCCGUCGGGGCCCAUGUCUGAGGAGCCAGGAUCAGGUCAGCUGGAGAAGCGGGAGUCCAAGGAACAGCAAGAGGACAGCUCAGCCACAUCCUUCAGCGAUCUUCCCCUGUACCUGGAUGACCCAGUUCCACCCCAGUCCCCCGAACGACUGCCCAGUACAGAGCCCCCACCCCAGGGCCGGCCUGAGUUCUGGGCACCAGCUCCUCUGCCACCAGUUCCUCCACCAGUGCCACCAGGGACCCGGGAAGAUGGGAGCCGUGAGGAAGGCGCUCGCAGGGCUCCUGGGUGCCUAGAGUGUAGGGAUUUCCGGCUUCGGGCUGCCCACCUGCCCCUGCUCACCAUUGAGCCUCCUAGUGACAGCUCCGUGGACCUGAGUGACCGCUCAGACCGCGGCUCCGUCCACCGGCAGCUGGUGUACGAGGCUGAUGGCUGCAGCCCCCACGGGACCCUGAAGCACAAGGGGCCACCGGGCAGGGCCCCAAUCCCACACCGCCAUUACCCAGCCCCUGAGGGCCCAGCCCCAGCCCCACCAGGUCCCCUGCCACCAGCUCCCAACAGUGGUACUGGGCCCAGUGGUGUGGCUGGGGGUCGGAGGUUGGGGAAGUGCGAGGCAGCAGGAGAGAACUCUGAUGGCGGAGACAAUGAGAGCCUCGAGAGCUCCAGCAAUUCCAAUGAGACCAUCAACUGCAGCUCGGGCUCUUCCUCUCGGGACAGCCUGAGGGAACCUCCGGCCACUGGCCUGUGCAAGCAGACUUACCAGCGGGAGACCAGGCACAGCUGGGACUCACCAGCCUUCAACAACGAUGUGGUCCAGAGGCGGCACUACAGGAUCGGCCUCAAUCUCUUCAACAAGAAGCCAGAGAAGGGUAUCCAGUAUCUGAUCGAGCGGGGCUUCCUAUCCGACACACCAGUGGGAGUGGCGCACUUCAUCCUGGAGCGGAAAGGCCUGAGCCGGCAGAUGAUAGGGGAAUUCCUAGGGAACCGGCAGAAGCAGUUCAACAGAGACGUGUUGGACUGUGUGGUAGAUGAGAUGGACUUCUCUUCCAUGGAUCUGGAUGAUGCACUCCGGAAGUUCCAGUCCCAUAUCCGGGUUCAGGGCGAGGCCCAGAAAGUGGAGCGCCUCAUCGAAGCCUUCAGCCAGCGAUACUGUGUCUGUAACCCAGCCCUCGUCCGCCAGUUCCGGAACCCAGACACCAUCUUCAUCCUUGCUUUCGCCAUCAUCCUCCUCAAUACUGACAUGUACAGUCCCAGUGUCAAAGCUGAACGCAAGAUGAAACUAGAUGACUUCAUCAAGAACCUCAGAGGGGUUGACAAUGGUGAAGACAUCCCUCGAGACCUACUGGUGGGCAUUUAUCAGCGCAUCCAGGGGCGUGAGCUGCGGACCAAUGACGACCAUGUGUCCCAGGUGCAGGCUGUGGAGCGCAUGAUUGUUGGCAAGAAACCGGUCCUAUCUCUUCCUCACCGUCGCCUGGUUUGCUGCUGCCAGCUCUAUGAGGUGCCAGAUCCAAACCGCCCCCAGAGGCUGGGGUUGCAUCAGCGGGAGGUCUUCCUCUUCAAUGAUCUCCUCGUGGUCACCAAAAUUUUCCAGAAGAAGAAGAUCUUGGUGACGUACAGCUUCCGUCAGUCCUUUCCCCUGGUGGAAAUGCACAUGCAGCUUUUUCAGAAUUCAUAUUACCAGUUUGGGAUCAAGUUGCUCUCUGCAGUACCUGGUGGGGAGCGCAAAGUCCUCAUCAUCUUCAACGCCCCCAGUCUCCAGGACCGGCUGCGCUUCACAUCUGAUCUGCGCGAGUCCAUUGCAGAGGUGCAGGAGAUGGAGAAAUACCGUGUGGAGUCGGAGCUGGAAAAACAGAAAGGUAUGAUGCGACCUAACGCCUCACAGCCUGGAGGGGCCAAGGACUCUGUCAAUGGGACGCUGGCCCGCAGUAGCCUGGAGGACACUUACGGGGCAGGCGAUGGGCUCAAACGAGGUGCACUCAGCAGUUCCUUGAGAGACCUCUCAGAUGCAGGGAAGCGGGGGCGGCGUAACAGCGUGGGAUCGCUGGACAGCACCAUCGAAGGGUCUGUUAUUAGCAGUCCACGGCCUCACCAGAGGAUGCCACCUCCGCCCCCACCCCCGCCGCCAGAGGAGUACAAGAGCCAGAGGCCCGUCUCCAACUCCUCAUCCUUCCUGGGCUCCCUUUUUGGAAGCAAGCGGGGCAAGGGGCCCUUCCAGAUGCCACCACCACCAACAGGCCAGGCCUCUGCCUCUUCUUCAUCUGCUUCUUCCACCCACCACCACCACCAUCACCACCACCAUGGUCACAGCCACGGUGGCCUGGGGGGGCUGCCAGAUGGGCAGUCUAAGCUCCAGGCCCUGCAUGCCCAGUAUUGCCAAGGACCAGGCCCUGCCCCACCACCAUACCUCCCACCCCAGCAACCCCCUCUCCCCCCACCUCCCCAGCAGCCCCCACCCCUGCCCCAGCUGAGCUCCAUUCCGCCACCUCCCGCCUCAGCCCCACCUGUGGGGCCGCAUCGCCACUUCCACGCCCAUGGCCCAGUCCCAGGGCCUCAGCACUAUACUUUGGGCCGGCCAGGCAGGGCUCCCAGACGGGGAGCCGGAGGACAUCCUCAGUUCGCUCCCCACGGCCGCCACCCCCUGCACCAGCCCACAUCCCCUUUGCCCUUGUACAGCCCUGCCCCUCAGCACCCUCCUGCCCACAAACAGGGCCCCAAGCACUUCAUCUUCAGUCACCACCCACAGAUGAUGCCAGCAGCAGGCGCAGCUGGAGGCCCUGGAUCCCGGCCACCGGGGAGCUCUUACUCCCAUCCUCACCACCCCCAGUCGCCUUUGUCACCACACUCACCCAUCCCACCUCACCCGUCCUACCCACCUCUGCCCCCACCAUCACCCCACACCCCACAUUCACCCCUGCCACCCACCUCCCCCCACGGCCCACUGCACGCCUCUGGGCCCCCUGGCACUGCCAACCCACCCAGUGCAAACCCCAAGGCGAAGCCAAGCCGGAUCAGCACCGUGGUCUGAUGAAUGGAGAGAGUGAGCUGGGGAACCAGAAGGUCUGGGGGAUCCCCAGGAGAGGGACCUUGCACCCUCUCUGCUUCCUCAGUGUUUUCAGAAUAUAUAUACCCAUAGCAAUGUCCUCCCCCUUCCCCCACCACUUCUGCCCUGCCUCGGAACCCCUCCUGCAAGCCCCAACCAUUGCUGUGGGCUUCCCUUUGGGAAGUAAGGGCCCUCCCCACUGGCAGCCUGGACUCAGGGUGCCCCAGUUGCUGGGAAGCAAUGAGGGCCUUCCAGAGAUCCUCUCAUCUUUUUUUUUUUCUACCUUCCUCUCCUCACUGCCCCCCCCCCCACACACACACCUUUUUCCUGGAGGUCUAGUUCAGUGGCCUCAGACCUCAGACCUCCAAGACAGUGUGAGCUUGUUCUCCGCUCUGGGUGGUGGACAAGGGCAGGUGUCCUGAUCCAAAGGCUUCCCUGAGGAUGCUCUAGGCAUAGCUCUACAGAGUAGGGGUAGGGGUGGUGAGGAGAAUCCUGGCCAAAACUCGGCUGAUCUGGCCCGUCUCUCUCGACUUCAGGGUCCAGCCACACACCUCUAUGUGUCUUUUUGUCUGCUUCAGGACACAGACUGUCAAUGCACUGGGUGGGUGGGCCCCCCGCUUGUGCUGGCCCCCACCUGGGGCAGUGCUUCCUCUCUUGAGCCAGUCUAUGCCCUCUCACCAGUAGCCCCAGCCCGGACCUCUUCAGCUUCAAGAACUUGCCGUGCCCUGCAAUGUUCUUAUCCUGAUCAUAGUCCAGACAGGUCUUUGGGGAUGGGGUGGGGGGCUCAGGUCUGGGAUGAGAAGGGCCCUGCCCUCCCUCACCCAUGUUGCAUGCCCCCCUACCCUUCCCUGGCGCCUCCCCUCUCCCAACACCUGAAGACAAUGCACUUUACAGAUAUCUCCCGCACACACCUCGCUGGGGCAGGGCACCCAGCAUCAGCCCUUGGGCAGAGAGGCUCCCAGAGGGCCACCAUGAGCCCCAAGAUGUCCUUCCUGAGGCUGAAACCGAAGCCAGCAGAGCCAGGGACUGGGAGCCAGGAUGCCUGAGUCCUUCUGUCCGUCAAAGUCUCCGCUGCCUCUCCAGCCCCUUUGCAGAACCCCUGUUUAUUUAUGAUAAAUAUAUUUUUUACAAGCCCCAGCUCCUCUUCUUGCUCCACACAGCCAGCUCCUGUCUCCGUUCCUGCGUCUCUUCCUCUCUCCCCUUCCUUCCACCAUGGGCUACAGCACAGACAGACGGACCCUGGCUAAAUGAAGGGCCAGGGACCCUGGGGCUUGGGGGCCAGGGAGGGUGGCAGUGGGAGGGGUUGUAUGGAGAGGAGCUGGGGUUCAGGCAUUGUCUUUUUUCCUCUGUGUAUAUAAGAAUGUAUAUUUGAUGCCUCAUAAAAGACCUUGUGCUCACCUCCCGCCUCUGCCUCCUACUUCUGCCCCCCUUGCCUGCUGCGAAGCCCAUGAAGAGAGAGGGGCCUCAACCCAGGAAAAUGCUAAUGGUGCAAGUUCAGGCAGCUGAACAGGGUGCUCCAGCUGGGUCUGGGAGGGAGGUGGGACUGAAGGAGGACUGCCCACCUCAUUUCAUAGGGAGGCUUUGUGACAGAAUGGCAAGAGGGUGCA